AGGUUGUUCAGAUGAGCAGUGGGGGCAGCCUGGCACUGAUUCUCCUCCUGCGGCUGCUGAUUGGACGGAGCUCCAUAACCCGCUGCGCCGCACCACCUCGCAACCCUUCCACAGCUCGUUCGCGUUACACCGACCGCGCGCCCUGUGCUCUGCAGAAAACUCCCCGGAUUUCACUAAAGCACGCAAUAUCACCGAAAAGAUUUCCACGCAGGCCUGAAAGUGAGAUCUGGGUGAGGAAAACGAAACAACCUACAUUUGAAAAGAGGAACGUCUCUGCUGUCUGUGACCUGCACAUCCUGCAGCACCUGGACUGAAAAGCAGCAUCUCAGUCUCUGUCCACUCCACCCUGUAUGCUUUAUUAAUGAUGUGGGAACAGACGCAAUGCAGUGAUGACCCUCUGUGAUAGAAGGGCAAUUAUAGGGAAGUGAAUGCAAAUCUCAGCACAGUUAGAAGAGUACAGAAGCUCCUGGAAACUUCUAGAAGAGUGCUUCUCAAGCGUUUAGACUUGCCUUUGUCCGUCCAUUAUUUUCAAAGGCUGUUAAUUUUCUGCUAGAAUUUUAAUGGGGAAGCAAUAGUUAUUGAGGCGUGAAGAAAUAUGAUUAUUUUUGUUUAUUUUUAGGUUAUUUGGAUUAUUCAGAUUUAUUAAUAAUAGUAUUCAUAUAUAUUCCUGCCAUUAUUUCUUCUACAAGUAUGUCAAAUCUUGAUGGCAACCGGGAGUAGUCAUUAAUGGCAAAAUAGGAUUUCUUGAUUUUUAUGAAUACUAAUAUAGUUAGAUAAAUUUAUUGAUACUAUUAUUCCUGUAGAUUUUUGUCAUUAUUUCUGAUGUAAUAAUUUCUGUAAUAUAAUAAUAUUGAUUUAAUGUAUUAAUAGUAUAAAUAUCAAUUGUAUUAGUAAUAAUAACCCAUUAAUUUGAAUAGGUACCCCAUAGUCCUCCAAGUUUCUGGAAUGUUUCUGAUCUCAAACUUCUGAUCUCGAAUUUCUGAUCUAGAAUGUUUCUGAUCUCAAAUUUCUGAUCUAGAAUAUUUCUAAUUUAGAAAGUUUCUGAUCUCGAAUUUCUGAUCUCGAUUUUCUGAUCUCAAAUUUCUGAUCUAGAAUAUUUCUAAUCUAGAAAGUUUCUGAUCUCAAAUUUUUGAUCUCGAUUUUCUGAUCUCAAAUUUCUAAUCUUGAUUUUCUGGUCUCAAAUUUCUGAUCUAGAAUAUUUCUAAUCUAGAAUGUUUCUGAUCUCAAAUUUCUAAUCUAGAAUGUUUUUGAUCUCGAAUUUCUGAUCUAGAAUGUAUAUUUUUGUAAAAACAAAAAGAAAACGCAUUCAAUCCUGUAUUAUUAACUGCAAAACGUAUUGAUUACCAUUUAAAAUGAAAACACAGAUUAAUGUUUGUGUGUCCUGCAUAAAGGCUUUUCAAAACUAAACGAUCGCCGAUGCCAAAAGAUGGAUGGUUUGUGCCCAGCAAAGCGAUGCUUGCACAAUAACUGCACGUGAUUGGCCUGCGGGCUAAAUGCGUGUGAUUGACGGGUGAUCCAGCCACUGACGAGAUGCCAUCGAAGGUGUCAUGCCUAUAUCUGCUGACUGUGGUCUGCUGGGCCAGUGCGCUCUGGUAUCUCAGCGGCUCACGGCCUUCGACAGCCUACGUUGGCCAAAUGACCUUUAUCCGAAAGCCAAUCCUGAGGUUCUCGAAAAACGACAGUUUCAGCAAUAUCCGCACACGCACUCUGAAUCCCCACAAUUUCAAGUUCCUCAUCAAUGAGCCCAAGAAAUGUGAAAGCACAACGCCCUUCCUCGUUCUCCUCAUCAGCACCAACCACAAGGAGUUCGAUGCGCGCCAAGCCAUCCGGGAGACCUGGGGAGAUGAAAACACCUUCAGCAACGUUCACAUUUUGACGCUGUUUCUUCUGGGCUACAGCACUGAACCGGUGCUCAAUCAAAUGGUGGAACAAGAGAGCCAGAUCUUCCAUGACAUCCUAGUGGAGGACUUUGUGGAUUCCUAUCACAAUUUGACUCUGAAGACUCUCAUGGGAAUGCGAUGGGUGUCUUUGUUUUGCCCCAACGCGCAGUACGUCAUGAAAACCGACAGUGAUAUAUUCGUCAACAUGGACAAUCUAGUGUUCAACCUGCUGAGACCCAACGCCAAACCAAGACGCCGCUUUUUCACAGGUCACGUGAUAAACGGAGGACCCAUACGCGACGUCCACAGCAAGUGGUUCAUGCCCAGAGAGCUUUACCCUGAUAGCAGGUAUCCACCCUUCUGCUCGGGCACCGGAUAUGUGUAUUCUGGAGACAUGGCGGAGUUGCUCUACAAGACAUCUCUUCAUACAAGACUCCUUCAUCUGGAGGAUGUGUAUGUGGGACUGUGCCUGCGCAAACUAGGCAUUCAGCCCUUCCAGAAUAAUGGAUUCAAUCACUGGAAGAUGACCUACAGCCUCUGCCGCUACCGCAAAGUGUUGACUGUACAUCAGAUCUCACCAGAGGAGAUAUUACGAAUAUGGAACGAUAUGUCCAAUAAAAAGCAUCUCAAAUGCUAACAUAUAUUUAAGGAAUUAGCUGUUGAAACCUGAGCCAACGUGGGAUCCUAAAGAUUUGUUUGUAUUGGUUUUAAAGGGUUAGUUCAUCCAAAAAAAUGAAAAUGAUCCCACAUGUUGUUCCAAACACAUAAGAAAUGUGUUCAUCUUUGAAAUGCAGAGGACUCUUGCCUCUUCAGAAUGUUCAUUCAUUCUUUCAUUCAUUUUCAUCCACUCUUCCAGGGCUGGUUUGUGGGGGCAGCAGUCUUAGGAGAGAACCUCAGACUUCCCUCUCCCCCAGACACUUCCUCCAGCUCCUCUGGGGGGGAGCCCAAGGAAUUCCCAGGCCAGCCAAGAGACAUAGUCCCUUCAGGGUGUCCUGGGUCUUUCCUGGGGCCUCCUCCCAGUGAGACAUGCCUGGAACACCUUCUUAGGCAGGCAUCCAGGAGGCAUCCGAAACAGAUGCCCGGGCCACCUCUGCUGACUUCCCUCGACGUGGAGGAGAAGUGGCUCUACUCCGAGCUCUUCUGGGGUUAUUUAUAAUGGAGCGCCCUGCCACCCUGCGAAGGAAACUCAAUUCAGCCGCUUGUAUCCGAGAUCCUUUCCUUUCGGUCAUGACCCAAAGCUCAAGACCUUAGGGGAGAGUAGGAACAUAGAUUGACCAGUAAAUUGAGAGCUUUGACUUUUGGCUCAGCUCAUGUUUUACCACAAUGGGCUGUACAUUGACCACAUUACUGCUGCCGCUGCAUCAAUCCGCCUAUCAAUUUUGCGUCCAGUCCUUCCCCCACUCAUGAUUAAAACCCCAAAAUACUUGAACUCUUCAGAAUGUUCGCAAAGACAAAUUGCAGCACUUUAUUAUAGUUGCUACAUAAAUGAUGAAUCUUUAAACAUAUCCUUGAAGCUAACAGAAACCUACAGUAUGUAGUUACCACAUAUAACCAGUUCAUACUUAGGUAAUUACUCUGUAAGUACAUGUUUAGUACACAUGCUGUACAAUACAAGAACAAACCUCAUUUGAUCAAGCUGAAAUUCCAUCACCAAAUAGAAAUGCUGUAGGCCCAAUACUAAUAAUAGACGGCAUCCUAAACUCUAAUGGUCUUUCUCCGAGUGUCUAUUUUCACGGCAUUUAGACUGUACAGAAGAAAUUUCCUCAGCGAUUCCUUUACUUUGGUCUUGGCUGAAGUGCACAUCAAGGGUGCAUAGUGGGUGAAAAGUGGGCAGGUAAUUGUGAGUACUGUGUCCGUGGAUGUAUCUGAUGAUGCAAAAUGUGUCCAAUGCAGAUUGAUGAAUUAUUACUGCAAGUGCACAUUAAAGGUGAUUUUGAAAUGGA